CCGGGCUCACGGCGCACGGCGCGCACCGCGGCCCCGCUCCGCCGUCGCUAGGAGACGCCGGAAGUGGGGGAGGGGCGGCGGCGGCGGCGCGGGUGGGAAUCUUUUUCGGGCGCCGGGGGCGGCGGGAGGAGCGCGCGUGCGCGCGCCCGGCCGGCCGUCGCCGCGGUGACCGUCCUCGCAGUCCGCCGGCUCGCGCCCCGCCCCCGCCCCUGCGCCCCCUCCCCUGCGGCGCGCGGGGGUGCUCCUCGCUCCUUCCGCGCCGCCGCCGCCGCCGCCGCCGCGCCUCCUCUCGCAGCCCGGGGCUUCCCUGGCGCCGCCGCUGCCUCUGCGGGCUGCCUGAGGAGGAGGAGGAGGAUGUGAAGAUGGCGGAGCUGCAGAUGCUGCUGGAGGAGGAGAUCCCGGGGGGCCGCCGGGCCCUCUUCGACAGCUACACGAAUCUGGAGCGGGUGGCCGAUUACUGCGAGAACAAUUACAUCCAGUCCGCAGAUAAGCAGAGAGCCCUAGAAGAAACCAAAGCCUACACCACCCAGUCCUUAGCAAGUGUUGCCUAUCUGAUAAAUACCUUGGCCAACAAUGUCCUGCAGAUGCUGGAUAUCCAGGCGUCCCAGCUGCGAAGGAUGGAAUCUUCAAUCAAUCAUAUUUCCCAAACUGUUGAUAUUCAUAAAGAGAAAGUUGCAAGAAGAGAAAUUGGUAUUUUGACUACCAAUAAAAACACUUCAAGGACACAUAAGAUUAUUGCUCCAGCUAACCUUGAACGACCAGUUCGUUACAUUAGAAAACCUAUUGACUAUACUAUUCUAGAUGAUAUUGGACAUGGAGUAAAGUGGUUGCUUAGAUUUAAGGUGAGUACCCAGAACAUGAAGAUGGGCGGGCUGCCGCGUACCACACCUCCGGCCCAGAAGCCCCCCAGCCCUCCCCUGUCGGGGAAAGGGGCACUUGGGCGGCACUCCCCCUAUCGCACACUGGAGCCAGUGCGUCCUCCAGUGGUACCAAAUGAUUACGUACCUAGCCCAACCCGUAAUAUGGCUCCCUCGCAGCAGAGCCCUGUGAGGACAGCUUCUGUGAAUCAAAGAAAUCGAACUUACAGCAGCAGUGGGAGCAGUGGCGGGAGCCACCCGAGCAGCCGGAGCAGCAGCAGGGAGAACAGCGGGAGUGGCAGUGUGGGCGUGCCCAUCGCCGUGCCCACACCCUCUCCCCCCAGCGUCCUGCCAGCCCCUGCUGGCUCUGCUGGUGCUCCUCCCCUUCCUGCUACUGCUGCACCUGCCCCCGCCCCUCCUGCUCCUGCCACUGCCCCUUCCUCCACUGCCCCAGAGGCUGCCGCUGGGGGUGCCCAGGCCCUGGCCGAUGGCUUCACUUCUCCAACUCCCCCUGUUGUUUCCUCCGCUCCCCCGACAGGUCAUCCCGUUCAGUUCUACAGCAUGAAUAGACCUGCCUCUCGCCAUACCCCCCCCACUAUCGGGGGCUCACUGCCCUAUAGACGCCCUCCUUCCAUAACGUCACAAACAAGCCUUCAGAAUCAGAUGAACGGAGGACCUUUUUAUAGCCAGAAUCCAGUAUCUCUUGCUCCUCCUCCUCCCUCCAUCCUACAGGUAACUCCUCAGUUACCUUUAAUGGGAUUUGUGGCCAGAGUCCAAGAAAAUAUUUCAGAUACGCCACCUCCACCACCACCUGUGGAAGAACCAGUCUUUGAUGAGUCCCCCCCACCCCCCCCCCCCCCAGAAGAUUACGAAGAGGAGGAAGCAGCCGUGGUGGAGUAUAGCGAUCCUUACGCCGAAGAGGACCCGCCAUGGGCUCCACGGUCUUACUUGGAAAAGGUUGUGGCAAUUUAUGAUUAUACAAAAGACAAGGAAGAUGAGCUGUCCUUUCAGGAAGGAGCCAUUAUUUAUGUCAUCAAGAAGAAUGACGAUGGUUGUAUUCAAACAAAAAAGCGAGCUGAGUCUGAACAAAUGGAUCUUUCUGCCAUCACUUGUACUGUGUUGAGCUGUUUGGAUUGAAAUAAAGUGACCAUUUCUAAAUACGUCAGAGGUAUAACAGCGUAACGAUGUGAAACAAAUCAGGUUAAGACUGAUUCAGAAAACAUCUGGGAUGUCUCUCAGGAAUACUGUGUGCCCUUGGGGCCCCUCCUCCUGCGGCCCGCGGCCGGGCUGUUCUUCGGUGCCUGUGCCGACGGCAGCCCCGUGGCCCUGUGCGCCAUCCACACUUCUUCCCCUGUGUGAGGAGGAGGGAACCAGUAUUUACAUACCACAUGUAACCAUUUUUAUAAUUGUUUCAGCUGGCUUAUUUCCUCUUUAACACUGUACAUUCUGCGUUCUCCCAGCACUAGAGUGCGCCAAGGAGCUAAGGCUGACGUGACUUGCAUCCCUUCCCGUCUCUCAGUCUGUAGCUGAUGAGGAUGUGAAUGAGUCUCCACACAUUCGGAGGGUGGUGAAUGGCCGCAGCUCCAGCUCAGUGUGCUGCUGCUGCCACCGCCGCUGCUGCUGCUGCCGCGUGAGGCUGCACUGCCGCCGACGCCCAGCGCGCGCAGACGUGCGUGUCGUCCUGGUUCCCAGGUGGACGUGGCCGCAGAGCCCGCUGUGAAGGUGCCUGAGGUCUGAGGACUUGGCCCUCGUGAGCAGAGCCACCGCCCAGUAGGCAUCCUAGACCCUUGCUUAGGCGCGGUUUUGAGGAAUAAGAUUUUGGAGGUCAGACCAAUUAUUUCUUUACUUCUUUCAGUAUUUAGAAAAAGAUUAUUGUUUUCUGGAAAAUAGUUAUUUUCAAGUCUCUCAACAGUCAUUGAAAUAAAAGACUUGCUGCUGUCUCUCUGAAUGCCCCUAAUGGCCGGUGUGAGCUGCUGCCGAGUUGUUUACUUACUAGGUUUUAGAGAAGGUAAAUGCUCUCCUGAUGGUGUGUGAUGGGCGUUUGAAGUAGCUGCUUUUGGUAGGAAUUUGAAUGUUCUAUCUCAGACUAAGAAUUGUGGGGUAAGUGGCAUCAGGCUAAAUACUUAUUCAGUCAGAAAGAUAAAAAUUAGUGUAACUGAGAGAAAUGAACUAUUUUUUUUCAUCUGCACAAUUACACCUUCAAAUUCUGUGGUGGCUGUAAGGCGGAGGCCUUGAUCCUCGCUGCCAUCAGCGUAUGAAACGCUGAAAGACCCGGGAGGGCUUGCUGUUCCGCCAGUCAGGCCCAGGCGCGUGGCCCGAAGAGAGCAUGGCCAGUGCCUGGCCCGAGCUGCAUGCAAGUAUGUCACACGGGGGCCUGCAUUGUGAUGGAUGGUGCAGACAGAGGGACGCGGCUGAAAGGUGGCCGCAUUAGUGUGGUAGUGCGUGAGGGGUUCAGAUGGUGGAGGCGGCAGUCAUUGUCCACUGGCGAGUCUGUUCUGUGAGCAAAAACCAUCACCGUUUAACUGCGACCUAGAUACAGAGUUCCCUUCUUAAGAAUUUUUUUUUCAGUUGCGGGGUUUUUCCCCGACACAUUGCAAGUUAGCUAUUGUGCUUUUAGAUUUCUCCAACAUUUUGAAUUUGGAUUUCAUUACCUUGCCUCCAGUACACAUUCCAGUUCAUGCUUUUGUUAGGUCGUCUCAACAUCCUGUAUUCCCUGUUUUCCUUCAAAGUAAUGGCCCUCUGCACCUUUAGCUUCAUUAUAUUCUAGCAGCCAACCUAGACUUAGCCAGAUGGAGUAAGCUCUUCCUAGUGUUGCUGUGUAACUAGGAAAACUGUUUUGAAAUUAGAUGUUCCAAUUAUUUAUUUAAAAAGCUUUUUGCUGAGAAAGCUUAGUGGAUUAGUAAGGCAGAGGGUAUUCUGAAAUGCAACACAUAGUUCCCGCAGCUCACACCUACAGCAGCAGAGAAGAUGACUGUGCAAAGCGUCGGUGGUGUUCUGCUCGCCUCCUGGAGCCCUGCUGGACUGGGGAGUGUGGAAGGCCCCGGCAAAGCCCGUCCCGAAGACCUGCAGCAGGGGAUCCAGGAGUCAGCUGGCUUUUUCUCUAUUAUUUAAUACUAAUGUGUGUGUGAGUUUUUGUUUUAAAAACACCACCUGUUGAGUUUUCUGCAUAUUUUAAAUUUUUGUACAGUUCUGAAUUCUAUAUAUUGUCUUGGAAGGAUGCUGUGUAGUGAUGACGGGCCAGGCCCACGGUCAUUGGAGACUUUGAACGGAUGUAAUACUUCAUAGAUUGCAUGCUAGUAAUAGUCUGAGGGUAGUAUUUCUUCUUUUAUCGUAAGUUUUCCCCAUUUCUCUUUUUACAAACUGCAAGAUGGUUGGUAGGAGGAAUUCCACUGAUGCAUGUAAGUCUUCCGUGCUGCAUAAUAUUAUGGCAGAGGUGAUCCAAGUCUGAAAUCUGCUGACCAGUAAGCAGCCAUUUUAUCAGGAGAGAGGGAAUCUGGUGGAAGAGGGGAUUUUUUUCCCCUCAUGUGUUUCUUUUUGACUUGUGUGCCCAUCCCCCUUUUCUAAGGAAAAAGGAGUGACUUAAGAAUUGUUCCCUUUUUUUGGUGUUACUCUUUGAAAGGCCUUGGGGGUAAGAAUGAAAAUACACUUUGUUGUUGUCGUCGACCUUAUGGUCAUAAGGCCACUGCAGUAAAUUGAAAACCAAAAUAGUGUUAAUGUGUCAAAAUCUAGACCUGAGUGAUUCAGCCUGCUGUGUUUAGAAUAAGGAUGAAUCUUUUCAGAUGUCUUGUCCAGUAUUUUCCAUCUUUUGGCUCCUUGCUUUCUCUCUCCCUCAGGGGCACCCCGCUGUUCCCAUCCUGGGGGGUGAGGGCCUGCUGCUUUGGCCGGGUCCCUAGUCACUGGGGAGGCGUUUUCUUCCCCCUCCUGCUGCUGUUUAUUACCCAGCUAGAGGAUGUCUUAUGCACCCUCACCGUGAUGUCUGUAAUGUCGCUGUGCUCCUUAGCAGCCUCACGUUGAUUACAGAUGAUUACUGAAGACUUUCCUGUUGGAGAGGCAUCAAAAUGAUGGCGGUUUGCUUUUAUCCUUUAGUGCUCCUUUUCUGGUAGCCAGGGACCUUUCUGCAGUAGGAAGUGUUCUCUUUGUUACCGUUUCUCCUUUGUGGAGAGAGCAUGGCAUGUCUGAAGGCUGCUUUUCCCUUUAGAAGGGUUCGAUGGAGGAGCUGACGGGGGACUGCAAAGUCUUCGAAAAGAAUGGGGAUCUGAGCCGCUUCGCACCCGUUCACUCCUGGGCCUCGUUGGCCGGGAGCUCCUGACUGGUGUUAAGGUGGUGAUUCCCCUCCCGGGAUUUCCACACGGAAUUUCCGAGCUAGGUUUUAGAAUUUAGAAAUGUCAGUUCAGUCUCAUUUUGCUGAUGAGGUUAGAUGUUUCGUUUCAGGGAACAGCUGGUUAAUAACGUUGAGUUCCUGGCUUAACGCCCGGCACUCUGGCCGCAGCGGUCUUUAUUGAAUGUGCUGUACGUGUCUCGAAGAGUUUAUAGAGUUCUACUUGAUGUCUUCAGGAAGAUCCUUGAGGAGCCCCGAGCACUCAGACUGCUCUUAAAGGCAUGUGCUGAGCGCCACCUGCGUUAGUGAACGUCUCCCCUGAGCCCCUCAGCAGCCACACUCGCUAGAGACAGUCUCUCUGUGGGUGUGUCAUCUCAGCGCUGGCGGAGCCCGCACACAGACAGCCUCGUCCCGGAUCCUCAGCCCAGGGUCGUGCGCACUCCUUACGUUUCCUUCACGCUGACCUUCAUUCCUGUUUCUUACUGAGAAUCUCAUAAUUCUUUAAAAAAUUGACAAAUGAAACGACAGGGCCUAGCUGUGUAUAGAUGAUCCUUGCUAAAUAUCUUAAGGAUUUUGUAAAAAAAAAAACAAAAAAACAAAAAGCUUAUUUUCACAUUAAAAUGGAAAUGUCUUUUUGCAACUUCAGAAUUCUAUGGAAAAGCAGUUUUUAUCAUAUUUUGUGUCCAUGCAUCUUUUUUCUCAACAAAAUGGUUUACAAAAAGGAAUGUAAACAGUUUGUGAUCUGGCCAGUUGUACUCUGAGCUCCCAGAGGGAGGUGUGCUAGCUGAGUGAAAACCACGCAGGAAGCCUCGGGGGGAGCAGUCUGUUGCCAGUAACGUCUCAUGUGCCAUGAAACCACCUCCAGAUGAGCGGGGACAUUCACUUUUUAAUUUUGAAAUUGUAUUUGGAAUUAAUUGUUGCUGUGUACUAAGAACCUGACCUAAAUAAAACCCUGCAGAGCACA